CACACUAAUGAAACAAAGAACAAAUUAGCAUAUACCCUUGCAAGAAAGAAACCAGCUUCUGCUUCUGCUUCUCGGUGUCUGCCUGCUCCAAUGGAGCUUCUGAAUUCCCGCAUCAUUGCUCCGACCACGGAGGCGGCGUCCUCUCUGAAGCCCCCCCCGUUCGCCGCUCUCAAAACCAGGCCGUUCGUCCAACCCCCGCGGUUCGGUGCUCCCCGCGCCCGCUCCCUCGCCAGAUCAGUGGAGCCGAAGCUCAAGGUUCAGUGCGAGCUCGAGGGCAGGGUGAACGGCUCCGCCUUCCCUUUCGACCCCGACUCGCGCUUCCUCGACCGGCAAAAAGCUUUGGAAGCCGCGAUGAAUGACAUAAACAGCUCUUUUGGAAAAGGAAGUGUUACGAGGUUGGGCAGUGCCGGUGGUGCGCUGGUCGAGACAUUUCCUAGUGGAUGUUUGACUCUAGAUUUAGCUUUAGGUGGAGGCCUUCCCAAAGGAAGAAUUGUAGAGAUUUUUGGACCAGAAAGUAGUGGAAAGACCACCUUAGCACUCCAUGCAAUUGCUGAAGUUCAGAAACAAGGUGGCAAUGCAAUGCUUGUUGAUGCAGAGCAUGCUUUUGAUCCAGCAUAUUCUAAAGCCUUGGGAGUGGAUGUAGAAAAUUUGAUCGUGUGCCAACCUGAUCAUGGAGAAAUGGCAUUAGAGAUUGCAGAUCGUAUGUGCCGCUCUGGAGCAGUAGAUCUUAUUUGCGUUGAUUCUGUCUCUGCUCUCACUCCACGAGCGGAGAUUGAGGGCGAGAUAGGAAUGCAGCAGAUGGGUUUGCAAGCCCGGCUGAUGAGUCAAGCUUUGCGUAAGAUGUCUGGAAAUGCCUCUAAAGCUGGAUGUACCCUUAUAUUUUUAAAUCAAAUAAGAUAUAAGAUUGGUGUGUACUAUGGCAAUCCUGAAGUUACUAGUGGAGGAAUAGCACUGAAGUUUUUCGCCUCAGUUCGCCUGGAAAUACGUUCGACUGGGAAGAUUAAGUCUGCUGAUGAAGAAAUUGGAGUUCGCGUUCGAGUGAGAGUUCAGAAGAGUAAGGUGUCAAGGCCAUACAAGCAGGCUGAAUUUGAAAUAAUAUUCGGCGAGGGAGUGAGUAAACUGGGAUGCAUUUUGGAUUGUGCUGAAAUGAUGGAUGUCGUGGCUAAGAAGGGCGCUUGGUAUAGUUAUGGGGACCAUAGAUUGGGGCAGGGACGAGACAAAGCAUUACAAUACCUGAGAGAAAACCCUGCUUUAUAUGAGGAGAUAGAGAAGAUGGUUCGGUUGAGGAUGGCAGACGGCAUCGGCCUUGUGGGAUCUCCUCAUGGUAAGAACUUGCCCAUGCCUCUUCAAGAAGAAGACAUCUGAGGAAAUCCAAUGAGAUGGAGAUCGUAAGGUCAGUUCAUGGAUGUCUUAGAAUGGACUGAGGGAACUAUGACGUGUGUCCAAGCACAUUUCAAUAUGGCUCUUCCGUGGACCACGGCGGUUUCGGUAGCCCUGCAUGUUCUGAUGGUUGACUGGUAAAUUCUCCUAAGUCGAAAGGGCUUUGAAGCAGCUAUAAAUGCGGGAAUUCUUGGGACUUUAGUGGCAGAAGCUCCGAGUUGCUCUGAUUCCGGGCUUUAUCCAUUUUAAAUCAAGAGCGAUUCAUAGAUGUUAGGAUGGGAGGGCUUGACUCUUUUUUCGCGAGAACAUACAAUAUUCAGUUUCCUUCUCGAUUCAUUGCUAUUAUUUUGCCUCGUAAGUUGUGAUGAUAACAAGCCUCUAACCAGUCAGACACAUGCACUCCCAUGCGCACCCUUUUGCUAUUCGUCUGAGGGCGUC